AUGCAAAAUACGAUAAAUAUUGGCUGGCUUGAUGUGGGUGUCCGCGAGGAUUCCAGUCUUGCUGUCUUAGAUCAUGGUCGCCUACCACGUGUGGUCGACCAGUUGCCAGACCCCGGAAAUCAGUACCCAUCUUUAUGUGUUUUUCUAGGUGGGAAAACUAAGGAUCACGCCCUUCAGCGGCUAUAUACCCAGAACAAUAUAAAGAGACACAUCUCGGAAGCACAGAUCAAGCUCAGAUACGAUGUCGCCUCCUUGGAAAGUCGCCAGCCAGUUCUUUUGGCCGACGGUGAUAUUACGCAGGCGGGACACUUCCGUCCCACACUGAAACUUGCGGCUGGAAUGGGCCAACCUGUGUCGUGGGAUAACUAUUCCGCGCGUAGUCUGCUGCAAGUACUGUGGUCGCGGCUUAUAUUUCUUUUUGCAGAUGUGGUAUGCAUAUUCAUUGAUGAUAUUUCCAGCAUGAGAAUGGUCAUAAAGUUCCUGGUUGACUGCCUUGAACUUGGUUCUGCAUCUUCGCUACCUCAGUCCCUUUCACCAAGGGUGGUUUUCAUAUAUAGGACUGAAGUCACAGAUAAUGAGAUUGACAGGCCAUGCAGCAGCCUUUUCUACGAGGAUCUUCAAGAAAAUGGGUACAAAGACUUGUCUGGGCUAUUUUCCAGAAUUUCCUUUAUUGGUUUGCACAAAAGCGGCUUAUCAGAAACUGCGAACUACCUGCGGAUCAAAGCCUUUAUAACUGAAGAAGUAACGGGGAUAUCGUUUCUUCGACAAGUACAUCACUUUCGUCCGAAUGCUAUGCACUUCCGGGCGCUGUUUCAGUCAGCAUUUCAUCACACUCUUAACGACCCGUGGAAUUCUUUCGAUAUGGUGAAAGCCACGCGAAGAGAUCGCCCAGUAAGUCCGUGCGCAGAGUCAAAUCUUGUACACUAUCUUGAGAUCGCCCAUCGCGCGCGCCUGUCUCCGCACGAGCUAGCUCCCUCCAUUGCGUCAGCCCUCUUCAUGGAUCACUACGUUCCGGAGAUGUUUGCAACGAAUCCUCGUGAUGUUUUUGAGACCUUGUACCGGCACCUCGUGAGACAGGCUUAUGGCAGAGCUCAAAGAUCCUGGUCGGGAUUAUGUCCAGAAGAACAGACUGAUUUGAUCGACCGGCAUUUCUCUGAACGUUUUAAGCUUUUCUCGUGUGACUCAACAACAGCGGCAGAUUUACGGAAAAAACAACUCGAAUCUGAAAGUGGUCGACUGGGUUGUUUACGAAGUAAUCUUAUCUGUCUAUUCUGCAUUCUACAUACCCCGCAACAUGUUCUGGACUGCGGUCACACGUUGUGUGAUCGCUGUGCCCAGGUCUAUGGGGAGCCAGUGGCGGGAUUAGAGUACCGAUUUACGGUUAAAGGCUGUCUCUGCUGUCUCUACCAAAAGCCUUUGAUUGUGGAUGUUCUUCCACCAACUAUGAGCCCUACUGUCCUUGCCCUUGACGGCGGAGGCGUCAGAGGCGUUAUUCCUUUGGAGUUCCUCCUCCUUGUGCAAGAGCAUUUGCGGCCUUGCACCCUUCAGGAUCUGGUAGACCUCGCUAUCGGCACAAGCUCAGGAGGCCUCAUUGCUCUAGGGUUAUUCGCAAUGUCGUGGGAUGUCACAGAAUGCUCCGAGCGAUUCAACACACUAGCGCGUCAGAUUUUCAGGAAAAGACGGUCCGUCUUGCCCCUGCUGCUUCUUCAAGUCUCGGGCUACAAAUCACUGCUUGGUGAAGUGGCUAAAUGGAUCCAAUGGCUUCUACACGAUAGCUGUUAUGACUCCCAAAUUUUCGAUACCGCUCUUAAGGGCGCUUUCGGAGAAAAUCGCUAUCUCUUUGGUGCUACCAGGGAACGUCCUCCGGGUCAAAGACGGUCCGGCCUAAAGGUGGGAGUAAUUACAACGAGCAUUUCCAGGGACACAAGUACAUUUGUGAUCGGGAAUUUCAAUUGGGCGGGCCACAACAGCCGCUCCUUUGGAAUCGGUUCCUUUCAGGAUGGUGGAUUGAAACACAAUUUUUCUGGGGAGAUCGCGAGUCAGGUUUCUAACCAGAUUUGGCCCCUGUCCAUGGGAUCCAUACGGAUGGUUUCUAUGGGGACUGGAAAGGCCCCUCCAGAUGAACAGAUUCCUCAUUUUCGCCACAUAUUUCGGGAUGGUUUUCUUCGCAGGGGUUUUGACGCAUGGAUGUCUACAAUGGACACAGACACUGAUUGGAAGAAUUGGAGAGGCAGGCUGAGCGAGUCAGUCAGAGGAGACUGCCACCGCCUGGAUGUCUCGUUAGGAAAUGCACCUCAGACAAUUGACGCGGUGGGGGCCAUGAACGACUAUCGCGAUCUUGUACUUCUCCAGCCCGGGAGCGCGCGGAUAGCUCGGGAUGCGGCAACAACAUUGCUGAUCUCCAGAUUCUUUUUGCUAGUUGGCUCGUUACCGGAGCAGACUUCUGUCCCGUUUUGGUGCCCCGGGUCAGUGCGCUGUAAAGGCCCAGCCCGGGAGAUCAUUCUGGCCUUGGAAGAUCUUUACCCGGAAGGCCUUAGUUAUGUCUCAGACAGCGGGCUAAUUGAUGGAUUCGGGGGACUGGACAGUUUGUGUCCUUCAUGCGGAUGCUACAAUCAUCCGAUCUCCUUCCUGACUCGCCACUUGGACUAUACAAUCAAUAUCUACAUACAAUCACGAACCAAAAAAAAGUGGAGAAUAUCUGGUUUUCCUGAAAGUGUGGCGACCUUCGCUUCGAGGCAAGGCCUGCAUUCAUCAUUCGGCCACGGAGAUCAUAACUACCCUUCUCGCAAACCGUGUCAGAGCUGUGACGUCAGUAAAGGCGCCACAAGGGGUAAGAGGAGGAUGGUCGAAUCCUGCGACUCUAGGGAGACUGGUUCUAGGAAACGGACACAAGCUUGA